AUGGGCCGCUCCAAGCUUUUCUUCCUUCUGCUCGCGCUCUCCCUCGUGGUGUCCCUCGCGCUCGCGCCGGUCUGCCGCGCGGAUGAGAUCGUCGCGGAAGACGACUCCGCUUUCGACGCCGACGACAACGACGAUGUCACCGAAGUUUCCGCCGCGGCGGAGCCUACUGGUUUCCUGAGCAGCCUGUUCGGUGCGAGGCGCUUCCUGUGGUCUCUGCAGGCGCACCGCAUGCUGCACAGCUGCAAGCAGAAGUGCGAGGACAAGAACAAGAAGUGCAACACUGAUUACACCAAGUGCAAGCGCAAGUACAGGGACAACAAGAAGAAGCACAAGGAAUGCACGGACGACUACAACAGGUGCAAGCGCAAGGCCAAGAAGUGCCGCUCCAAGUGCGACUAA